AUAAAUAUAAAAUUUAAAUAAAAAUAUAAAAUUAUAAAAAAAAAACGAAAAAAAAAAAAUUUAAAUAAAAUUGUAAUUGAAUAUAUUAUAUAACAAUAUCGUAAAAGUGUAUAACAGAUUAAUUAAAAUUGUGGCCAAUAGAAAAUUAAAAUUUAAAUAAUCAAUUAAAAAUUGAACUACAAAACAAAAACAAAUAAAAUAAUAAUUUUACGAUAUUAAUUUACGAUAUUAAAUAAUAAAAUCAAAAGCAAAAAUAUUAAAACAAAUAUGAAAUCUAUAAUAACAUUUUUUAUAACAAUAAUUAUUACAAUUAGCUAUUGUUUAGCAAUGCCACAACGUGAAGGUGCCGCAUAUACAAAUGAAGCAAUAAGACAAGCACAACAAACAUUUUUAAUACCAAAAGAUGCACAAAUACAACAAGUACAAGAAGGUAUCGAAUUGGGUGCAUAUGAACAAAUUCCCGGAAAUCAAAGAAUUAAUUUAUUUCAAAUAUUAGGUGAUCAAGUACCGGAAGAAGUUAUUAAUAAUUUACAAUCACAAAUUGAUCAAAUUGGAAGAAAUUAAAAUCAAAAUUUAAAAAAAAAUGUGAAAAAUUAAAAAAAAAAUUUUGAAUCCUUUUUUAUUAUUUUGUUUUUUUUUUAAUUUAAUUUUUUUUUUAUUUUGUUUUUAUUUUAAAAUGUAAGUUAAUUAAAAUAUACUGUAUAUAAUGUAAUUAUAUAAUGUAUAUAAAUGUAAAUUUUUUUUUUAUAUAAAAUUUAUGUAAAAAAAGAGAAGAGAAGAUUAAAGCAGA